CCUACAUUAUUAUUUCGUCCGUAAAUACCUAGUGAGUUCGACAGGCGUAGGUGGUCGUAUCUAUUAUUCCUCGCAUUGCAUUAGUAGGUAUUAGCCAUAUAAUAUAAUAUAUAAUAAUUAGGGCUGUGAAUUUGUAAUAAAGUGCAUUUUAUUUUGGUGAUUGUGAAACGUAGCUUUGUCAUAUUUUCCUUUUUUAGUUCAUUUUCCAGCAUUUUUAAUCAAAUUCCGUCAAUUGACGGCAAAAAUGCUUGAAAAAAAUGUAUUUUUGAACACAGGCUGUAUAUAGGUUCUUUAGUGCAUUAAAUGUACAGCCCUAAUAAUAAUAUUAUAUUAUUAUACUAACAACCGUCAACUAGUUGCUGCAGCAGACAUACGGAGGCGUAAACCAUAUAAUUUCAACGAAAAUGGACAAAUGGGUAGGAAAAGUCGCCGUGGUCACGGGUGCAUCGUCGGGGAUCGGAGCGGCCACUUGUAGGCGACUGGUUGACAGCGGAAUGAUUGUCGUCGGAUUUGCCAGGAGAGAAGACAGACUCGAGGAGUUGCGAAAAGAGUUGAUCGGAAAACCGGGUGAAUUUCAUUACUACAUUGUUGAUUUGUGUUCAGAACAAAACAUACAAGAAGCUUUCUCAUGGAUAAAGAGCACGUUGAAAUCGGUCCAUGUAUUAGUAAACAACGCUGGAGUUUGGAAAAGUAGUGACGCUUUAGGAAACCCACAUGACUGGAAACUGAUGUUUGACACUAACGUGUUAGGACCCAGCAUUUGCAGUAAAGAAGCCGUGAAUAUCAUGAAGGAGUUGAAAAUCAUCGGUCACAUAGUAAAUAUAAAUAGUGACAUUGGCCAUUAUCCACCAACAUUAAUGGCCAACAUGUCUGUCUACAGUGCGACCAAGUUUAGUAGCGUUUCAAUAACUGAGAGUUUACGAGAACUUUUGGCUUUGCACAACCUGCCAAUCAGAGUCACUAGUAUCAGUCCGGGAUUAGUAGAUACCGAAAUGGUUGAAUAUCAUAUUCCCGGUGCACCAAUGUUGAAACCUUCAAAUAUAGCUGAUGCAAUUGUUUAUGCUUUGGCCUCACCACAAUACGUUAACAUUUCUGAAAUUCUUAUUCGGCCAACAAGCGAGACAAUGUUACCGUUUAUUAAGGACGCGUUUCAAGAAUUAAAUAUUAAUUUGUAA